ACCAUAAGAUCAACCGUUCCAAGGCUACAGACACUGCCAGCCAUGUUCUGCCUCGAAAAAUAAAAUACAGUUUUUUUUAGCAUUUAAACGCGCAUACCAAGAUCAGUCUUGGGGGGGUAUAUUUAGUUUUUAAUUUUUCCAAUCACAUAACAGGAUUUUAAGGGGAAGGAUAAUAAAAUGUCUUCGCCCGAGCAGGAGAUGAGGUCUGGCGUUCAGCUGGUGAGCGCGCUGCUGCUGCUGCUCUCGCUCUCUGGUUGUUCGAGCAUGGAUGUACUAGUGUCCAGUUACAUCAAUGCACUCAAUGGGACAACUGUCACAAUCCCCUGCACCUUCACUUCCUGCUACAAGAUUGACCGGACCAAGUUUGCUAUGAAUUGGACUUACCAAGAGACCCUAAACAAUACAGAGGAAAAGUUCAUGACUUAUGAUAAGAAUAAAGGAAUGCAACCAGUACCUUCAAACCGGUUUGGAGACAGGGUUGUGUUUUCUGGUAACCUGGAGAAGAAUGACUUAUCGAUCACGCUACAGGACGUUCAACUGGAGGACGAGGGGCUUUACAACUGUUAUGUGAGGAACCCCCCAGAUCGCAUCCAAGGACAUGGUGUCAUUAACUUCAAUGUUGUCACAGAACUUCCCCCUCCAAGAGAUUCAACCAUUGCUGUUGCUAUUGGGGCAUCAGUGGGGGGAGCUUUAGCUCUGCUAAUCCUUUCAAUGGUGGUGGUGAAAUGUCUUCGCCGACAUCGGAAGCAAGAACUGAUUUCAGAGGAAAAGAUGGAAGAGGAGGGAAAGCUCGAGCCUGAAGCUGUUGCAGAGGAGGGAACCAAAUUACCACAGUAGUCCGAACCAGUCUCUGGAUCUUUGACUUCCUGCUCCUUGUUUUGAGCUUUGCACCACCUCCUUCCGAAACUAUAGUAACCACUGCUUGAAUCAUCUCACUGGCCAAACCUAUUUGCAUGUGUCUGUCUUUGUGUGUCACAAGCACAAAAGAGAGAAAAUCUUGUGUUUGUAAGGACUGAAUGUAUUGGUGUACAUGUACAUAUUCAUCAAUGAAAUGGCUGUUUUUGGCUUUCUUCCUUUAAUCAUGGACUAAAAACUCCUGAAUUAGUUUAUCUAUAUUUCCAAGAUUUCAUCAACAAUAAUAAUGCAUUUCCUGAUAUUUCCACAUCCUCUUUCCCACCAUUGUCAGGUCAAUACUCGAUAAGUUAGAAUUUACAAAUGACAUUUCAACAUGACAAUAUUUUUGCUCUUCCUUUGAUUUUUCCAGCCUACACUACAGUAGUCUGGGAAUGUUACAUUUUACAACAGAUAUACAUUUUGGUAUUUCACUCCCAAAUUAGCUAAAUUAGAUAUACAAACUUCCAACCACUAGAUGGUUCCAAUAUGAUUUUUGGUAUGUGUUGCAUAUGCAUCGACUGUUAACAGUCGAUGCAUAUGCAUAAAUCACCUUGGCUGUAGGGUAAUUUGAGUCAAAUUCAAGAAAACAGUGUUUGAGGACUCAAAGCCGGUUAAAAGUCACUAGAAUGCAAUAACACAGAAAUAACAUAUCUUUUGGCUAAAAAAUUAUAAUGUAUAUAUUUAUUUAUUGUUCUUUAUUUUAUGGUACUCAAAGUUUACAGCAGAGUCUGAGGCAUUACGUUCAGGUAAGGUUCAGGAUAGAUCAAGCCAAAUGAAGAAAACCAAGAUUUAUUUUUAUCCAGAAGCACUGCUGUUCAGAUAAGACAAAUUUCACAAGUACUUCAGAACAAAAAUAGAGGUUUACAUAUCAGGCUAAAAGAUUAUUGGUGGUAAAAAUGGCACUUCAUGUUACCAUAAACUGUUUUCAACCUCAAAUUUUAGAUCGUAUUGCAAUUUUAAGGAGAACAAAUAAAAACAUCAAAAGCUGUAAUCUUACCAAUGUCUGGUGAUAGGCUUAUGAAGGCAAAAUGUUGAUAUUUUGAAUUUACAUAAUAUAAGCCCAAGGGAUCCUACAUUGUGCUCAGCUAAGCUUUUUUCAGUUCAUGUCUAGUCAUAGCUAAUGCAGUUAGCGUUAGUAUUGCUGACCGGCUGUAAUUACAGCCGGUCAGCAGCUGCUUGACAGCUCAGCCAAACUAUGUUUUUGUGCCAGUAAUGUCUACUUAUGUCUGAGCCAGAGAUUAUUCUCGAACAUUCCAACAAUUGUGAACUUUUGACAAAUCGGAUGCCUUUAUUCAUUUGGCCUUUUGAGAGGAAACAAUUUGUUGUCACAGUGGAAAAAGCACAAAUACAGCUAAUCACAUUUGCAUCACAUUUAAUCAAGUUAAUGAUUAUAGUACGCUCUUUGCACUCUCGCCUUUAUCUUUGAGUCUUUAAAUUGUUUAAGUGAAAUAGACUUCUUACCUUUUUUAGAUAUUUAAAAAAUAAAAAUAAUUUUAAAAGAGCACAGAAAAACUCCAGAGGUGCACUGUGUCUAAUAUAGGAGCUUUGAAGGUGGCAUUUUAAUGACGUUACUACAGUCAGCGGGAAAGAAGCAAUAAUAGGAAGAGACUAAAACUUUUUGGACCUGUAUGCACUGUCUUCUUUCAUUGUCACUUUUUAUUAAUUGCCUUUGUUAAUGUUCAUUCAGAGGUUAAUGAUACAUUAAUGUUUUUUAUGUAAUAAGUGACCUGGUUGAUAUUAUAUGAGUUGUGGUUCAGAGCACUUUAUCAGAUUUAAUACAAACAGCAAAACAAUGUC